AGCUCUUUGCACAGCCGCAGUCGGUGGAGAUGCUCGCGCGGACGACGAAGAGCCGCUAUUGCUGCUGGCUGUAACGCACAGCUGAAAGAAAAGACUCGGCAUUACCGCAUCCGAUUCCUCCAUCCAUCCGUGUGGCGCUGCACCUGCGAAUACCGCUGUCAUUAAUUAUAAUGGAAAGACAACAAGGACGUUAAAACAUCUAAAACGGGCGCCUCUCCUCAGACACAAGAAUGAGUGAGGAGAUGCCUGUUACCUCCAGCUGGCUGGCCCAAGAACCCACCUGGGACAGCAGUGGUGCGGGAAGUCCAGACAACAUCAGCCUCGGAACGUACGCACCUGCUGUGGUUCUGGCGGCGAGACCACCUGAUGAGUUUCUGGUGAACCCCUGGGACAUUGUGCUGUGUUCCUCUGGCACCCUGAUAGCCUGCGAGAAUGCCCUGGUGGUCCUUGUGAUCUGGCAGAACCCAGCUUUGCGCGCCCCCAUGUUUUUGCUGAUUGGUAGCCUUGCUCUUGCUGAUCUUCUGGCUGGCCUGGGGUUAGUCCUGCACUUUACCUUUGCUUACCUGCUACGCUCUGACUCGGCACAGCUCCUGACGGUGGGUCUGAUCGUGGCUUCCUUCUCUGCUUCAGUCUUCAGCUUGCUGGCAAUCACCAUCGACCGUUACCUGUCGUUGUACUAUGCCCUAACGUACAACUCAGAGCGUACAACUGCUUUCACAUACACCAUGCUUGUGCUCCUAUGGGGAGUGUCACUGUGCCUGGGUUUGUUGCCGGUCACGGGUGUCAACUGCCUGGGCCAGGAAGCUUACUGCAGUGUGGUGUGGCCACUAACAAAAAACAACGUGGCUGUUCUGUCCGUCUCCUUCCUUCUGCUGUUUGGUUUAAUGCUUCAACUGUACGUGCAGAUCUGCAAAAUUGUCAUGCGACACGCACACCAAAUCGCCCUGCAGCACCACUUUUUAGCAGUGAGCCCCCAUUACGUCACCACGAGGAAGGGCGUCUCCACCCUGGCGAUCAUUCUGGGCACUUUUGCCGCCUGUUGGAUGCCAUUUACUGUCUAUUCGCUUAUAGCUGAUUACACAUACCCACCCCUAUAUACAUAUGCCACUUUGGUGCCUGCCACUUACAACUCCGUCAUCAACCCUGUAAUUUACGCCUUCCGCAAUCAAGAGAUCCAGAAAGCGCUGUGGCUGGUGUGCUGCGGCUGUAUCCCUGCCAGCGUGUCCCAGCGGGCACGGACCCCCAGUGAUGUCUGAUGCAGGAGACAUCUUUUGGACGCUGGAAGCCUAGGAAAUUUCACAGGCCUAGACAUGCUCAAUCACCGGCUGCAGAUAUUCCCAACCCCUGGGAAAGAGAAGCGUGUGAGUCACCUGUUUCGGUCUUCCCUUAUCUGUUUCUUGACAACCACUGCCACACAAGCUUUACCUGAUCCUAAUCUGACCAGCUGCCACAUGCACCCUGUCCAGAAAAGUGAAAAUGAAUGUUGUGUGGCAGGGAGAUGCAAAUAUAUUGUACAUGUAUAAUUUUUUUUUAUUUUUUGUGCUUGUUUGGCUUGGCCACAGUGGCAGCCCUGUUGCACAGGCGUUGAGGGGGUGGUGGAGGAUAAGGGGCAGCAUGUGGCGGUCCUCUUCACUGGAUCCCGAAGCUCAUUCAUCUCGACCUGCUGUUGCUGCAUUCAAGAACGUGUAUGGAAUGUUAAGUAACUGCGGAGCACUAAAAUAGACAAGGCGCUCGGUGAUCCGCACCUUCCGUCCCCCGAAGAAACCGACCUGGGAAGAGAGAGAGAGAGAGCUUGGCGCCCCCUCUCUUCUUUUUGUCACCUCAACCCAAGCAUGCCCUAAUGUCAAAUGUCCUCCAAAGCAGAAAACCAUGAAGAGCUAAAUACAGUCUCAGAAUGAGAACCACUCUAUAAAUAACCAAACCCAUUGAUGCCUUUAUUUUGGUUAAUUACAAAAGUUUUACAGGCAAUCAUUUUCGCUCAUCCGUAACCUCUUCCAUAAUGCGGGAUGAAAACAAUUGGGACCCGGGAGAAGUAUGUUAAAGUGUAUGUUGUCUAACAAAGCUCAUCAAGAAAAUG